GCCCUCCUUCCCUUUUGCCUCCUCUAUUUUUGAAGUCGGACUGCAGUGCUUCAUUGGCAGGCUUGCAGCUGCAGCGUCAACUAUGUUUCUGUGGGCUUCACGCAGCAUCCUGGCCUGGUGGGCUCUCUCUGUCAUCCUCAUUUUGAUCCUUGUGCUCGGAUUGUGCAUAAGGCUCUGGCAGAGGUCUUGUCCCUGGGACCUCCAGCUCUGCUCCACAAACUUGGCUGGGAAGACAGCAGUGGUGACCGGGGCCAAUAGUGGUAUUGGGAAGUUUGUGUCCCAAGAGCUGGCUUGUCGUGGGGCCCGAGUGAUCCUUGUCUGCCGGAACCGAGAGCAAGGAGAGCAAGUCCUAGCUGAGAUCCAGGCAGCAUCAGGCAACAACCACCUGCUGCUUGGCCUGGCGGACCUCAGCUCCCUGGCUUCCAUUCGGAGUUUCGUCCGGUGGCUUCUGCAGGAAGUGUCCGAGAUACACCUGCUGAUAAACAAUGCUGGGGUCUGUGGUAUCCCUGAGAAGACACUUACUCCAGAGGGCCUGGAUGUCACCUUUGCCACCAACUAUGUAGGUCCUUUUCUGCUCACCAAUCUACUUCGAGGGGCCCUAGAGAGGGCAGGGUCAGCCCGGGUGGUGAAUGUGUCUUCCUAUCGGCAAAACUACGGGUACAUUGACGAGGAACAUCUCACGGGGGCUGGUGGACCUUUGGCCUUUAACCAGAACUAUGACUGCAGCAAACUGCUACUGACCACGUUUACUGGGGAGCUCGCUCGAAGACUUCAGGGGACAGGUGUGACUGUGAAUUCGUUGAACCCAGGUGUUAUAUACACAAGCAUCAUGAGAAACUUAUCUUGGCAAUACCGCUUCCCCUUCUGGCUCUUGAGUUUCUUCCUCAAGGCUCCCAAGCAUGGCGCGGUCCCAAUCCUGUACCUGAGCUUGGCACAAGAGCUGGACGGCAUUUCUGGAAAAUAUUUUAAUAGUUCCUGCAUAGUGACUCUUCCUGCUAAACCUGCUCAGGAUCCCCGGGUGGCCCAGCGCCUCUGGGAUGCCACAGUUCGGCUAACAAACCUGGACAAGAUGGACUGACCCUCUGUGAGCCCCAUCCUCACUAGCCGCUUUCACCUUGCUUCCCCAAACCCUUACUCUGAUUGUGACUUUUAUUUGGUAGUGGCAAGUCCCAAUCACCUUAUUGAAUACAAUGAUCACCUUCUUUGCUUAAGGACUUAGUUUGAGGGCCCAGGACAGCCAGGGGACAGUUUCCAUUUCCACAUUAUUGCCAUUUCUCUAAUGGAUGCAUGCAUUCCUGGGACACUAGCCUCUCCAGAUGUCAAGUUCCAGGUGGCGGUCCUGAGGAAUAAACUUCCUUUCAGUGAUUA